AUGGUCAGUGGGGUACAAUAUGUAGCAUUGGUUUUGAUGACAGAGAAGCCAGGGUCAUCUGUGGAAUGCUGGGAUAUCCCAAUGCAGGGGAACGAACAGACCAUCAACGAAUGUCAUCAGAACGGAUGGGGAAAUGCUGAGGCACGUGACUAUUACAGAUGUCGUCACAACUAUGACGCCUCAGUGUACUGUGUAAGACUGGUAGACGGUGACAAUAAGUGGACAGGGAGACUGGAGGUGUUUUACAAUGGGAGCUGGGGAACCGUGUGUGAUGACUGGUUUGGCGAUAGAGAGGCUGAGGUCAUUUGUAGAAUGUUAGGAUACAACGAAGGAGGAUGGGCGUUUGCUAACGCUGUGUUUGGAAAGGGAGAAGAGGAAAUCUGGCUGGAUAACCUACGAUGUCUGGGGAACGAGUCGGAUGUUUAUGAAUGCCCCUCACAUGACUGGGCCUCCCAUGAUUGUACUCACGAAGAGGACGUAUCAAUAUCUUGCAAAACUCCUGUAAUACACUCCAACACUACAGAAGGGAUUCGCUUAACUGGAGGUCACAAUGCCCUGGCCGGACGCGUGGAAAUCAGGCACAAUGGACACUGGGGGACCUAUUGUGAUCGUCAUUUUGACGAUAGGGAAGCCGAAGUUAUUUGUAGAAUGCUUGGUCAUGAAAAUAGUGGAAGUUUAGUUUUAUGUAUAUUUGAAGCCAUAAGACUGGUAAAUGGAGAGAACAACUAUACCGGAAGAGUAGAGGUAUUUCACAACGGAGCUUGGGGGACUGUUUGUGAUGAUUCAUUUGAUCGAAGAGAGGCCAGUGUGUUAUGUAGAAUGCUGGGAUAUCAUAAUGGUGGAUGGGCCUUUAACAAGGCGCAAUAUGGUCAAGGCCUGGAGAGGAUCUGGAUCGAUAAUUUGGAAUGUUAUGGGAAUGAAACAGAUAUAUCUCAGUGUAAAUCCUCCACCUGGGGCGUUUCCAACUGUAAUCACUACGAGGAUGCCGCCAUUUCUUGCGAUAUAAAUCCUGAUACAAAUAGAACAGAAGAACAGAAGAACAGAAGAACAGAAGUAACUGUUUAA